AUGGUCUUCAAUGUAUUCAAGGCAAUGAGCUAUCCCAAGGAAGCAAUAGGAGAAUGCAUGAUAGUGGACACCAUAGAACAAAUAGUCCAAGGAGUCUUGGAAGAAGAGCAAUACGAAGGAAGUAUGGAAUUGGAGCAACAAGCACCACGUGAAGAACCACCACAAGGAACCAUGGAAAGUUUAAUCAUGACAAACUACAAGAAUAACAAUGGAGAAGGGGCACCAAAAUUAGAGCUAAAAACCCUACCUCCAAGCUUGAAAUAUGCCUAUCUAGGUGACAACAGCACCUACCCAGUGAUCAUUAACUCAAGCUUGAGCAAGGAGCAAGAAGAGGAGCUCAUCCAAGUGCUGAAACAACACAAGGAUGCUAUAGGCUGGACACUCACAGACUUAAAAGGGAUCAGCCCCUCAAUAUGUAUGCACAAGAUCCUACUUGAGGAGGGUGCUAAGCCCUCAAGGAAGCUCAAUGAAGCCACCAGGAAGGACCACUUCCCCCUACCAUUCAUGGACCAAAUGCUUGAGAGGCUGGCUGGACAUGAAUACUACUGCUUCCUUGAAGGUUAUUCGGGUUACAACCAAAUAGUUGUGGACCCAAAUGACCAAGAGAAAACUUCAUUUACUUGUCCAUAUGGCGUUUUUGCUUACAGGAGGAUGCCCUUUGGACUGUGCGAUGCACCUGCAACAUUCCAAAGGAGGUUUAUUAGAGACUUCUCCAAGGUUGCCAAGCCAUUGAGCAACCUACUUGUCUCUAAUGUGCCUUUUGUUUUUGAUAAUGAAUGCAUGUCAGCCUUUGAGGAGCUUAAGAACAAACUUUCCUCUUUACCUAUCAUAGCACCACCAUGUUGGGAUCUACCCUUUGAGUUGAUGUGUGAUGCAUCAGAUUUUGCUGUGGCACUCAAAUACUUGCUUACCAAACAAGAGUCCAAGCUAAGGCUAAUAAGAUGGAUCCUGCUACUCCAAGAGUUUGACAUCGAAAUUAAGGAUAGGAGUGGAGCAGAGAAUAAAGUUGCUGACCACCUCUCAAGGAUCCUACAAGAAGAAGAAGGAGCACACCAUCUUCCCGUGAAUGAAAGCUUCCCGGAUGAGCAACUGAUGAUGAUACAAGAGACCCCUUGGUGUAUAUCCCAUGGAGAAGGGCAAGAAGUGCUUUGGCAAUGUCAUGGAUCUACAUAUGGAGGCCACUUUAGUGGAGAAAUAACAGCAGCCAAGGUACUCCAAUGUGGAUUCUACUGGCCAAGCAUUUUCGAGGAUGCAAAGGACUUGGUGUCAAAGUGUGAUGAAUGCCAAAGGGCUAGCAAUCUACACAGGAAUAAUGAGAUACCACAGAGAUUUAUUCUGGAGCUAGAACUAUUUGAUGUAUGGGUGGAGGCUAUUGCCACUACCACAAAUGACAAUAAGGUCGUAAUGAGCUUCUUAAGAAAGAACAUUUUCAACAGGUUUGGAGUUCCCAGGGCACUCAUUAGUGAUGGAGGGACACAUUUCUGCAAUAAACAGCUGGAAGCACUCCUUCUCAGAUAUGGAGUCAAACACAAGGUGGCAACCCCUUAUCAUCCGCAGACCAACGGGCAAGCAGAGAUUUCCAACAGGGAGCUAAAAUGGAUUCUUGAAAAAACUGUUGGAAGCUCAAGGAAGGACUGGUCUAAGAAGCUAGACGAUGCUUUAUGGGCCUACAGGACAGCCUUCAAGACCCUCGUUGGGAUGUCACCAUACCAACUGGUAUUUGGCAAGGCUUGCCACUUGCGAGUUGAACUGGAGCAUAGAGCCUUCUGGGCUCUAAAAGUACUGAACUUUGAUGAGCAAGCGGCUGGGAGAUUGAAUGGUUCCCACUUAAUAGAUAACAAGCAGGUCAAAGUGUACUUACACUUUGGAACUCAACAUAUUCAGAGGGCACAGUGGGAUAAGGGGAAAACUUAUUGGUAUGUUAGCUAUGUGAGGGAGAAGUCCAUUGACUAUAGUCCCUCUAACAUAGCAAGGGUGCUGAUGGUGAAAAUGAUCAACUCCACUUGGAGUUAUGAGGAGAGGAUGAAGCAACCAGACCUAGGAUUUGAUGAAAUCCUUAAUGAAAUCUGUGUACUAAAUGUGCAAUGGAUCAAUGACAAAGAUGAAAAACCCAACCAGCUGAGGAGAAGGGACUUGAGCCCCCAAGCUAGGGGGUGGUUAGACUUUGUGAGAAGAUCUUUGAUCCAUACAUCAAACACAUCUGAGGUGACCAAAGAGAGGGCUGUACUUAUAUGCAGUAUAAUGAAAGGAGAGGACGUAAUUGGAUAG